GAAAUCCGGAGCACGUAGCAACAACUGAGCCAAUGCGCUCCGCCACGAUCCGUCCUACCGACCGCGGCGCCUGGCAACAGAAAAAGACGUGAUGACGUCCUCCCCAGAUUGCGUAUUAUGGGAUGUGCGGAAUUAAACAACCCGAAGAGGACGAGGGGAAGCCAAAAAUAAUAAAAAACACAGAAAUAAACGAGGUGCAUGGUGAACCAUGGAGCUCUCGGCUGUCGGUGAGAGCGUCUUCGCAGCCGAGUCCAUCAUUAAACGGCGAAUCAGACGGGGUCGUUGGGAAUAUCUCGUGAAAUGGAAGGGUUGGUCUCAGAAGUACAGCACUUGGGAGCCGGAGGAAAACAUUCUGGAUGCACGUCUCUUCUCUGCCUUCGAAGAGAGGGAGCGAGAAAGGGAGAUGUUCGGGCCGAAAAAGAGGGGACCCAAGCCUGAGACAUUUCUUUUAAAGGCCAAAGCCAAAGCCAAAGAGAAGACGUAUGAAUUUAGAAGAGAGGCUCCCAGAGGGAUCCAGGUUUCCUAUCCCAUCCCCGAGCCUAUCAUAACACCGAGGGCCAGGGAGGGUUUGCGCACCGUGGUUCCCACAAUCUUCCCGCCCAGCGCGGUCAACAGAGGGGAAAGUGUCCACAUUCGCCCACCAGAGUCGGAGAGAAGGCCCAGAACAACUCCAGCAGCUGCUCAGCAGUUCCCCAAAAAGAGAGGACGCAAACCCAAAAUGCACAUGCAUUAUGAUAAAGACGACGGCAGCAGCUCAGCAGAGCCGGACUCCAAACGUAGCAAGUUCACGAAGGAGCCCACGUCUCACCACAGCCGACGCCCGCAUCAUCACGGGGAGACGUCAGAUCACUGCCUCAUGCAGUUGACCAAGAGGUUUCAGGAGGAAACCACGAUAACACCCAAAUCCCACAGCGAGCAGAGACAUUUAGGGGGCGCGGGCUUCUCUUACCCAUGCGCAUUAGCUUCGGAUUUGCGCAAAAGCGAGCAGGGGAGGCACAGGACUCACUGUUUGAGCAUGAAGCGGCCUGCAGCGAACGAGAACUCUCUGUCCCGGGAACAAGCUUCACCUUCACACACCGAUUCCACCCACGAAUCAUCCGAGCACCCAGCCUCAUCCUGGACCCCCUGUUUCGCUCACCUGGACACUGUGACCGUAACCGAUGUCACCUUGAACUUCCUGACAGUCACCGUCAGAGAGAGCAGCACGGACAAAGGCUUCUUCAAAGAUAAAAGAUGAGUAUUUCAUGUAGUUCAGAGGAGGCCAAUACCUGCCAAGGAGGUAACUGUGUAACACGCUACUAACAAACAGGCCUACUGUAAUACUAUAUUUUUUCUAUGUAACUUUCAAACGUGUACAUACCGAUAUUUAAUACGCUGCUGAUGAAAUUAAAAUCAAACUGAAGUUUAAGGAGUGUUGUUGUUGCUGUUGUUGCUCUUUGACUGUCCGCUCUCACUAUUUCUUUUUGCCCUGUUUGUUUAUACUUGCAGUGUUUCUGUAGAGUUAUCUGAUCGCGAUCUUUGUGGAACAAUCUUUGCUGGCUAAAAUUCAUUCUGCUGGAACAUUCUUUGACAGCGAUGCCAAAUACGAUUUCUCGCUGGCUGACAGGUGGUUUUGUUUGAAUUGUGAUGAAGUUUUGUACGUGAUUCAGCCCAAUUUCUAGCGUUAGCUUUGCACCAUCCUGCGUU